AUGAACGGCCAAGUUGAGGUUUUGAAUCGGGAGAUUAAACGCAUAUUGAAAAGAAUUGUGAAGCCUCAUCGAAAAGAUUGGAGUGCUAAGCUCACUGAUGCACUAUUGGCCUACCGAACGGCGUACAAAAUACCAAUUGGCAUGAGCCCCUUUCGGUUGGUCUAUGGCAGAGCUUGGCACUUACUGGUGGUGAUAGAACACAAAGAAUAUUGGGCCAUCAAGGAGUACAAUUCAAGUUUGGGAGGGGCCAGAAUUGAGAGAAAGCUACAACUAGUGGAAUUAGAGUGUUUGCGGUUAGAAGCUUAUGAGAACUCUAGACUUUACGAAGAAAAUAUGAAAGCCAUGAAUGAUAAGACCAUAAGAGGAAAAGAAUUUAGAGCCGGCGACCUAGUCCUCCUUUACAAUUCAAGAUUGAGGUUGAUGCCCGGAAAGCUAAGGUCAAGAUGUGAAGGACCCUAUAGAGUCGAAAAGGCGGAGCCGUAUGGGGUCUAUCAUUUGCGCCAUCCUUUAAGCUCCGACAUUUUCAAGGCUAAUGGGCAUCGGCUAAAGUUGUAUCAUGGUGAAAAGAUAAAAAGCAACAAGGAGAUGGAGGUGUUCCUCUUAGAAGAUGCACCUAAUGGCAACAAGAAUUGA